GUUUCUAAAAAGACGUAAACGUGUCUUCGCGACAGAAGCCGUAAAGCGUUACUGCGUAAACAAGAUGGCGUCCGGCAGCGGGUCCAGUAACAGUAAGAAUGACUUCCGUCGGAAGUGGGACAAAGACGAGUAUGAGACGCUCGCUCAGAAACGUCUGUCUGAGGAGAGGGACAAAGAGAGGAGAGAUGGGAAAAUCGCUCCGCCGGUCAAGCGGGACAUGCUGCGUCACCGAGACUACAAAGUGGAUCUGGAGUCCAAACUGGGGAAGACCAUCGUCAUCACGAAGACCACUCCUCAGGCCGAGAUGGGCGGUUAUUACUGUAACGUCUGUGACUGCGUCGUCAAGGACUCCAUCAACUUCUUAGAUCACAUCAACGGCAAGAAACACCAGAGGAACUUGGGGAUGUCAAUGAGAGUGGAGCGUUCGUCUCUCGAUCAGGUGAAGAAACGUUUUGAGGCGAACAAGAAGAAGAUGGAGGAGAAACAGAAGGAGUACGACUUUGAGGAGCGCAUGAAGGAGCUGAGAGAGGAGGAGGAGAAAGCGAAGGCCUACAAGAAGGAGAAGCAGAAGGAGAGGAAGCGGCGAGCGGAGGAAGACGUGGACUUCGAGGAGGACGACGAGAUGGCGGCCGUGAUGGGAUUCUCCGGUUUCGGCUCGUCCAAGAAGACUCACUGACACUCUGCGGCUCCUCGGGGAGGACCGCCGUGACCCGGGACCCAAAACCAGUCCGCUGGACUUUGGACCAGAACCAGACUCUAAAGACAGGAAGUCCUGAUUCAGUCCUGAUUCUCUGUCAUCGUCAUCGUUCUGAUCUUCAAAGCUGUUUGUCCUCAGUCGUGCUUUUAUUUUGGUUGUUUCAUCGUUACAUAUAACUGUUUGUUUUUAAAGAGAGACGAUGGACAGACGGACAAAACACACGCGUUCAAGUACAUGCGGAUAAAAUACCCCCCCUCUUCAGAAUGAACUGAUCUUCAUACAAAAAUAUAUUCAGCAAGUUCAAAUCUAAAGUUUUGAUACAAACAUCCAAAUGCCUGUUUAUAGUUCGUAAAAACUGAAUAUUUAAUGUCAAUAAUUGGGAAUUAAAAUCCUGCUUUCAUUCGGCAUGAAAAGUAUUUCAAAAGUUAAUUAUUAAAGUCAACAAAUUUAAUGUUUUAGAUGUUAGUAUGUUAGUUUAAUUUUCAUCAUGUUCUGUUUGUGUGCUGGAAAAUUCAGAUUUGAAUAAACACAGUUUUUUGUUUCUUAUUGAUUGUUUCAGUGAACGCAUCACCAAAAAACAUGCUAACCUGUCAUGAUGCUGUGUUGCCUUCAGGGACCAUUUGUCAGCUUCUGCUUUUAUUUAAAUUGCAAAUCUUUUUGUUAAUAAAAACAAGGUUAA